GUUUUAUUUUUGCCUGCCAUUUAAUUCAGUGGAGAAAAGUGAAGAAAGCAGAUUAGGUUACGGGAAAGCACAGAAAGUAGUGAAAAAAGACUUCUAGAGUGUAGCUGAACUAUGUCUCUUUUUGGAAUGAUGGGCGAUCUAGAGGAUGAUCCUAUUUUCGGCCAUCACAUGCGGUCUAUGCGCCAGAUGAACAACAUGAUGAAUUCGUUAUUCGCAGAUCCUUUUGGAAUGUUUGGAGGAGGAUUGGACAGUUUUGCACCACCAUCACUGACUGGUGUUCGUGGAGGUUCUGCUCUGAUGCCAUUCAUGUCACCCAACAUGAAUAUGAACCGACUGUUGAAUAAUGAUGGAACUUCAUUCUGCCAAAGCAGUGUAUUCUCUAUGUCUUCGGGUCCAGAUGGACCCCAAGUAUAUCAGGCUACUUCUAGCACUCGUACUGGUCCAGGAGGGGUGAAGGAAACGCGUAAAUCAGUCCAAGAUAGCCGAUCAGGAACAAAGAAAAUGGCCAUCGGGCAUCACAUCGGCGAAAGAGCACAUAUUAUCGAAAGAGAACAAAACGUACGCACAGGAACACAAGAGGAAAGACAGGAUUUUAUAAAUCUCGAUGAUGAAGAAGCCGAAGAAUUCGAUCGCGAAUUUCAGACAAAGGCUCGCAGUUCGAUGAGUCUGUCCGGUGGACGACGAUCGGGACCAGAAAUCAUGGAGUUGCCUUCUAAUCAGCCAAAUCCGCCGCAUAUUCGUGCUAUUGCGAACACUCCAUACAACGAACCUUCCGGCAGCAGUGGCCAACAGCAGUACUCGCCUUCACCGUCGUCUUCUGCCAAUCGUAACCGUAUAACCGGUGGUCCUGUUGCAGCGUCGAUUACACCACGCCGACCUAUACGCACCCCAGCUUCGUCACCGUUAGCAAUGCCUCCAACAACCGGAGGUGGCCACAUCACGACAAGUGUUCAUCCUCACCCGUACAACAUGUCCGGCAGAAAGAACCGUGCUAUCAAAGGUCCGUCUUCUUCACCCUACCAUCAGUAAGAAAUAUACAAUUUCAAGGAACAGUUUCGAGAAUCAUUGCCGACUGGGAGAUACAACCCUAUAUUUCCCUAUCUUAUUUACUGAAAAGCAGAAACCGAACAAGUUCGGACACAAUGUUAUUAUUUCUGUCCCUUUUAUGUAUACGUUAUCCUCUCUUUGAACUGCAUCCUACUAUUGGAACGAAUUACUAUAAUUUUGUUUUUUUUUAAACAAGAAUAUUUUUCUCUGUUUAUUAUCCAAUAUAACUGAAGUUCGCUUCUAUGUAUCAACAACUUUAUGAAGUUCUGUAAAGUGAAUAAAUUAGCAUUAGUUAUGGUAA